CAGGGAAAGAGACAAGCAAGCAACAGGAGCAAAGUUGUGGGACUAAACUCCACAGUACUGCGGUGUCCACCCGUGAAAUGAAAUAACCAUCUCUCCGUCUCGGAUAGCUUUCAAGACACAACAACUGAGUUUUUGGGAUAAAUGAAAAGCGUCUCCUGAAGCUUUUUUUUUGGGUCACUUUGUUAUUGUGGAGUGUGGAUGCGCCUAAGGACUGUGCUUGCUUUCUCAGCAGAGUUUAGAAGAGUGCCUUGUAACAUCACCCCUCAGAAAAUGCCUUAAGUGCCCGGAUUGAUAUUUUUUUCUUAAACUUGUCGAUAUUUCUUAAUUGGUUUAUCUACAGUUUGGUAGUUUUGGGUUUGUUUUGACGGAACAAGUCUCCCAACUGUCGCCCCUUGGUGACAGCAGAGGUGUGGAGAGAGAGGACCAUUGCGCUGCGUGUGGAGAGCCAACGCGCAGUGUCUCACAGUUUGGAUUAAUAUUUCAGUGGAGUAAUUUGUUACCAUGGCAUCACCGGGUGAUAUUGCAGAGGGAGGAGCCAAUGAAGAGUUCAACGACAUCAUUAAAUGGAGAUCUGACGAGCAUGAUGCAGUACAGAAGAAAACAUUUACCAAAUGGAUAAAUGCACAGUUCUCCAAGACAGGGAAGACGCCCAUCAAAGACAUGUUUUCUGACCUGAGGGAUGGCAGGAAACUACUAGACCUGCUGGAGGGACUCACUGGCACUGUCCUGACCAAAGAGCGAGGGUCCACCAGAGUGCACGCCCUCAACAACGUCAACAAAGUACUUCAAGUCCUGCAUCAGAACAAUGUGGAUUUGGUAAACAUAGGAGGGACAGAUAUUGUGGAUGGGAACCACAAGCUGACCUUGGGCCUCAUCUGGAGUAUUAUCCUUCACUGGCAGGUGAAAGACAUCAUGAAGGACAUCAUGUCCAACCUGCAGCAGACCAACAGUGAGAAGAUCCUGCUGAGCUGGGUGCGCCAGUGCAGCCGCUCAUACCCUGAAGUCAACGUGCUCAACUUCACCACCAGCUGGGCCGACGGCCUGGCCUUCAAUGCCAUCCUGCACUGUUUCAGGCCGAAUGCAUUCAGCUGGCAGCAGGUCAUCAGACUGAGCCCUGUGGAGAGACUGGACCAUGCCUUCACUGUAGCCAAAGACGAGCUUGGUAUUGAGCGACUUCUGGACCCUGAAGAUGUGGCGGUGCAGUUGCCAGAUAAGAAGUCUAUCAUCAUGUACGUGACGUCGUUAUUCGCUGUCCUGCCCAAAGAUGUCAGCAUGGAGGCUAUUAGAGAGGUGGAGACUCUGCCGCGCAAAUACAAAGUGGAUGCUGAGGGUGCAGGUGCAGGCCCUCCUGCUCAGGGUCUGGCUAUGGAGGUGGAGGAGGCAGGCGGCAGUCCUCGGCCUGAGACCCCCAGCACCCUGACGGAGACAGAGGCUGAGAUGGAGGGCGGACUGCUAGAGGUGGACCUGGACAGCUACCAAGCCACUCUGGAGGAGGUGCUGACCUGGCUGCUGUCGGCUGAAGACUCCCUGCACAUGCAAGAUGAGGUGUCAGAUGAUGUGGAAGAGGUCAAAGAGCAGUUCCACACACAUGAGGCCUUCAUGAUGGAGCUAACAGCGCACCAGAGCAGCGUGGGUAAUGUGCUGCAAGUGGGUAACCAACUGAUUGCCCAGGGGAACCUCACAGAGGAGGAGGAAGAUGAAAUCCGGGAGCAGAUGACCCUUCUCAACUCCCGCUGGGAGAGCCUCAGAGUGGCCAGCAUGGACCGCCAGGCCAGACUCCACGAGGUCUUAAUGGACCUCCAGCAGCAGCAGUUGCAGCAGCUCUCCGACUGGCUGACACAGACCGAGGAGCGAAUCAGGAGGAUGGAGACAGAGCUGGUGGCUGGAGAACUGGAAGGCUUUAAGGCACAGAUAGAGCAGCAUAAAGAGCUUCAGAAUGACCUGGAGGCGGAGCAGGUGAAGGUGAACUCUCUGACACACAUGGUGGUGGUGGUGGAUGAGAACAGUGGCGAGACUGCCACGGCUGCCCUGGAGGAGCAACUACAGUCUUUGGGUGAGCGCUGGGCAGCUGUGUGUCGGUGGACGGAGGAGAGAUGGCACAAGCUGCAGGAAGUCCUCAUGGUGUGGCAACAGCUGCUAGAGGACCAGAGUUUGUUCAGAGCGUGGUUGGCAGAAAAAGAGGAGGCCUUGAGUGAAGUGCAAACCAGCAACUUCAAGGACCCAAGUGAAAUGAACGCUAACGUGCGCCGAUUAGCGAUUCUCAAGGAAGACAUGGAGAAGAAGCGGAGGACUCUGGACCAGCUGUCGGACGCAGGACAGGAUGUGACGGUGCUGCUGCGGAGCCCUGAGGCAGGAGCCAAGAUCGAGGCGGACACCGAGGAUCUGACUCAGAGAUGGGACAACCUGGUGCAGAGGCUGGAGGACUGCUCCUUCCAGGUAAUGGAGGCUGUGACCGAUGCAGGGAUGACUCAGGUGGAAGAGCAAGUUGUCGUGGAUACUGUUACCGUGGUCUCAACUGCUUCCAUCGCCGAAGAGGAGCUGACCUCGCCCGCUUCCCCAAAAAAACGACUGGUGGAGACAGAUGUACAAGUCAGACGAGUGUUGGAGAGUAACUUAUCUGACCUGUUGAGCUGGAUGAAAACAUGGAAAGCCUCGGCUCAGGCUCUGGCCUCCACGCACCCUGAAACUACACCCAACACAGCAGACCUGCAGGACAAACUCAAGACUUUGGAACUGGAGCUGACAUCAAAGGAAGCUGCUACUGAGCAAGUGAUCAAGGAAGGGCGGGGCUUGAUGGACCAGCUGGAGAGAGAGGGUGUGACGGUGGACCAAGUGAGGGCAGACAUAGACCUGAUCCAAACUGAAUUGGACGUGUGCAGGAGGGAGUUGCAGGCGGCCCGUGAGCGGGUCAAUGUCCAGAUCCGGUUUAGAGCGGUGUCCGCAGAGCUGGCUGACAUCGACCGGGCCCUGGAGGAGCAGGACAGGUGGCUGGACUCAACCUCAGCUGUGGAAAUGUACGACGAGGACGGGCUUAAAGGCCUGAGAGCAGAAUGUCAGUCUCGUCUGGCUGAGGCUGCAGCCCUGAGCCCACGACUGGAGCAGCUGUCUGCAGAGGCGGGGUCUCUGGGAGCCACGGCCUCUCUGAGAGACAACUUGGUGGUGGUUUCAGCCCACCAUGCCUCCACACUGCAGCGGCUAGAGCGCAGAGAGCAAGAGGUCAACGAAGGCUUGGCUAGUCUCCAGGCUGUGGCCCAACAGGUGGUUCCAGACCCGGUGGAGGGCCUGGAGGCCAGACUGGGCACUCUGAGAGAAGGUGUAGUCGACAUCCCUACCAUGGAGAGGGCAGUGGAGCGCGCUCAGGGCCUGUGUAUAGACAUAGAACAAACCCAGCAGGCCUCAGAUCCUGCUGAGCUACAAAGAUGGAGUGACCUCUCCUCCAGGGCCCGUGAGGAGCUGGGCACGCUGCAGUGCAUCCUGGGUAGUCUGAAGGACAAUCAGGUGCGUGUGGUGGAAGUGGAACGUUGGCUGGAUGCGGUUCAGGAGCUGAUGUCAUGGGACGCCACGGGGCAGGGCGACGCAGAGAGGUUACAGGAGGAGCUUAACCAGUGCAAGGAGUAUGUGAAUGAGAUGGAGUCAGUGGAGAGUUCUUUGAAGCAGAUGAGAGAGAAUGUGAGUGCUGUGCAGGGGGCUGCAGUCCCAGGCCUGGCCAAGUGGGGGCAGGAUAAGCUGGAAGAGUGCCAGGGCAGGUGGGACACACUCAGCAAACAGCUGCUGACCCAUCAGGAGCGUGUGGCAGAGAGUCAGGAGAGGCAGGUGAAUCUGAGGAAGGACUUGGCGGAGAUGCAGGAGUGGAUGACCCAGGUCGAUGAGGAAUUCCUCAUGAGGGACUUUGAGUACAAGAGUCCUGAGGAGCUGGAGGGAGCGCUGGAGGAGAUGAAGAGGGCGAAAGAGGAUGUGUUGCAGAAGGAGGUGAGGGUGAAGAUCCUGAAGGACAACAUCAAUAUGCUGGUAUCCCAGAAAUCGCCCCCUGGUGGUGGCAGUGGGCAGGAGUUGACCUCAGAGCUGGGGGGAGUCCUGGCCAACUACCACAAGCUUUGUGACCGCUUCAAGAGCAAAUGCCACACUUUGGAGGAGGUUUGGUCUUGUUGGAUGGAGUUGCUUCAGUAUUUGGACCUGGAGCAGAGUUGGCUCAACACCCUGGAGGAGAAAGUCCAAGCUACUGAAAACCUGCCGGAAAGCACUGAGGCUGUCAAUGAAGCUCUGGAGUCCUUGGAGAGCGUGCUUCGCCAUCCCGCGGACAACCGGACGCAAAUCAGAGAGCUGGGUCAGACGCUGAUAGAUGGAGGCAUACUGGAUGAACUCAUUAGCGAGAAAUUAGAGGCCUUCAAUUCCCGCUAUGACCAGCUCAGUCACCAGGCUGUGAACAGGCAGAUCGGCCUGGAGCAGCAGCUGCAGACAUUGAGGGAGAACGAACAGGCGCUGCAGACACUGCAGGAGUCUCUGAGCCAGUUGGACCACACACUCACCUCCUACCUCACCGACCGCAUCGACGCGUUCCAGCUCCCACAGGAAGCACAGACCAUCGGGGCAGAGAUCGCAGCCCACGAGGUGACCGUGGAGGAGAUGAGGAGGAGGAAUGUGGCCAACCUGCCCCCUGCCACCACUGAUGGCAAAGCUGCCCGCGGUGGGACGAUGCUAGACCAGCUACAGAGGAAGCUGAGGGAGAUCUCCACGAAGUACCAGCUGUUCCAGAAACCUGCUAACUUCGAACAGCGCAUGCUGGACUGCAAGAGGGUCCUGGAUGGAGCCAAAGCUGAGCUGCACAUUCUGGACGUCCGAGACAUGGAACUGGACAAAAUCCAGUCUCACCUCAAUGGCUGCAUGAAAUUAUACAAACUGCUGAGUGAGGUGAAGCUGGAGGUGGAGACGGUGAUAAAGACAGGAAGACAGAUUGUUCAGAAACAGCAGACGGAGAAUCCCAAGGCCAUGGAUGAACAGCUCACUGCUCUCAAGCUGCUGUACAAUGACUUGGGGGCACAGGUGACAGAAGGCAAGCAGGACCUGGAGAAAGCUCUGUCCCUGUCUCAGAAGUUCCACAAGGAGAGCGCCGCCCUGCAGGACUGGCUGACCACCAAUGAGGUUCAGCUCCAGCAGAAGAACAGCUGUGGAGACAUGCCAGCCGACAUCGACGCUGAGAUCGCAUGGGCUAAUGGCCUGCUGAAGGAGACAGAGCGCCGUAAGGCAGAGCUGUCAAGCCUGAUGGAGACCAGUGCUGGGCUGCAGACUCUGGUUGAGGGAAGUGAGGCUCAUCUGGAGGACAGGCUGUGCUGCCUCAACGAGGGCUGGGGCCGUGUCCGCACCUGGAACGAGGACUGGCUUAGCACUGUUCUGAGCCACCAGAAUGAGGUUGAGAUCUUCGAUGAGAACCUGGCCCAUAUCAGCACAUGGCUCUACCAGACCCAGAUCCACCUGGAUGAGGUUGAGCGGCUUGCCCCGGGAGAGCGGGACAGGGUUGUCAAGCGCAUGCUGGAGGAGCUGGAGGACCUCAGUUUGCGUGUCGAUAGCGUGAGGGACCAGGCCAUUAUCCUGAUGACCAGCAGGGGGUCUGCCUGCCGAGACGUGGUGGAGCCCAAACUGGCUGAGCUCAACCGCAACUUCGACAAGGUCUCCCAGCACAUCAAAGCUGCUAAGAUGUUGACCAGUCUGGAGUCAGGCAGUGUGGAGAUGAGCCAGCAAACACAUCAGCAGGUCCUUCAGAGCCAGGAGACCCCAGCCGAGGGCCAGGACCAGUCUCGUCCUGUUGUGGCCGUGAACCCCAGUGAGGUGCAGGGCCUGCAGGCAGAGCUGCAGGACACACUGAGGGCUCUGCAGCAACAGCAGGACCCAGCACACAUCCUGGAUGAUGACAAGAUGGACGAGGAGAAGGCCAAUGUGGAGGACCUGCUGAGGAGAGGAGAGGAGCUGUUGCAGCAGACUGCAGACGAGGGUCAGAGGGAGGAGCUGCGGCUCCUGCUGCUUCGACUUCAGAGCCAGUACUCAGCUCACAGGGAGUUGAGGGUGCUGCGAAUCAGGCAGGUAGAAGUCUCUUUGGAGUCUUCAGCCUCCCACAGCUUCACAGAGCAGUCAAGCGAGUUGUCAGCUGAGAUGUCUCCAGUGGAGCGUAGCAGCAAAUCCUCCCUGAGUCCCUCUGAUUACCUGUUGGACAUCAACAAGGUGCUCCUGGCGAUGGCUGACAAUGAGCUGCUGCUCAACUCCUCUGAGCUCAGUGGGGGGCUCUACGAAGACUUCUCCAGCCAGGAGGACACACUCAGGAAUAUCAAAGAAAGUCUGGAGCGUUUAGGUGAACAGGUUGCUGUGAUUCAUGAGCGCCAGCCGGAUGUCACCCGGGACGCCUCACCCGCUGAAGUGGUCCAGAUCGGAGAUGCUGUCACACAGCUCAACGCUGAGUGGGAUCGCCUCAACCGCAUGUACAACCACCGAAAGGGGACUUUUGACCGUGCCAUCGAGGAGUGGAGGCAGUUCCACUGUGACAUGAAUGACCUGAGCCAGUGGCUGACAGACACAGAGACGCUGCUGUCUGAGAGCGCGGGCCCAGAUGGACAACUGGACAUGGAGACGGCACGGCGACAUCAGGAGGAGCUGGAGGAAGGCCUUGCCAGCCACCAGCCUGUCCUGGCAGUGCUUACCCGUACUGGCGAGCAAAUAAUCGGGCAGUUGUCGGCCCCUGAUGGACCCCUGCUGGAAGAGAAGCUAGAUGCCCUGGGACAGCGUUGGAGAGCCGUCAGCCAUCAGGUCCUGGACAGACAACGCAGGCUGGCUACAGGGGACCCGGCCCUGUCAGACCUGGUGAGGCGUAGUGGGGAACUGGCGCUGUGGCUGGAGCAGGCAGAAUAUGCCGUCAGCUCUCUGCCUGUCACCGCCACCGACAAAAAUCUCAAAGAACUCAAGGCUCUAGCAGAGGAAAUGGACAUGCAGAACGAGCGUCUGGGUUGGCUGAACAAGCAUGCACCUCAGAUUCUGGCCAAUCCCACUGUGAGCCCUCAGGACAGAGACCAGCAUGUCGGCAGGCUGAGAGCCAUCAACCUCAACUGGAGCAAGGUGACCCGUGAGUUGUUGGACAAGGUGGGAGAGGUGGAGUCCAACCUGCAGAGUCAUGGUCAGUUCCAGGACAGGAUGAACAGGCUGACCGACUGGGUCCUGGUCACACACCAGACACUCACAUCCAGAGGCCUCAGCCCUGGCCAAGCACAGGCUCUGGAGACCUCUAUGAAGGAGAGGAAACGGGACUUGGAGGACCUGCUGGCUCGUUCAAUCGAACUACAGAGACGACAGCAGCUGUUGCCGCAGGAAAAGAGUAAGGUAGAGCAGCUGGCCGCUGACUGGAAGGCUCUAGAUGGUCGGUUGAGGGAAUCACUCCAGCAACCUGUCUCUCCAUGGACGCAGCACCAUGUCGUCCAGCACCAGCAACUUGUGUCUGCAGUACCCUCGGCAGUACAGAUGGCCAGCCUGAUGAGCGAGGACCCCCAUCACCAAACUCCCCACACCCCGGAGACCGUGGCGCCCACCGACCUCAAUGAGACAGCAACUGAACUGGCAGACUGGCUUGUCCUUAUCACACAGAUGCUAAAGUCCAACAUUGUCACUGUAGGGGACACAGAAGAGAUCAGGACAACCAUGGGACGUUUACAGGUGACUAAAAGUGACCUGGAGCAGCGUCACCCCCAGCUGGAGGACAUUUUUACCUUGGCACAGAACAUCAAAAACAAGACCUCUAACCUGGACGUCCGCACAUCCAUCACUGAAAAAUUGGAGAAGGUACGCAGCCAGUGGGACAGCACACAGCACGGCGUCGAGGCACGACUCAGGCAACUGGACCACAUGAUUGGACACAGUGAGCAGUGGGAGGGGCAGAGGCAGGAGGUGACGGCACUAAUUGGACACAAUGAAGGACGUUUCCAGUACCUGCUCCAGCAGUCCAGAGAUCCACUGACCAAACAGCUUGCUGACAACAAGGCGUUCCUCCAAGACCUGGGUCGAGGGCAGGCCACCGUAGCAGCCUUCAAUGAGCUUUCCAGUCAUCUCCUUCGGGAGUAUUCUGCUGAUGACACCAGGCGGAUCAAAGAGAUCACAGACAAACACAACGCAGCCUGGAACACCAUCAACAACAGGGCAAGUGAUCGACAAGCCCAGCUGGACUGUGAGCUGAAGAGCCUGCAGGCCUCUCUCAGAGAGCUGGAGGCGUUCCUCAAAUGGCUCCAGGAGGCAGAGACUACUGUCAACGUUCUGGCUGAUGCCUCACAGAGGGAGGAGCUCUCUCAGGACUCCCCCCAUGUGAAGCAGCUGAGAGGACAACUGGAGGAUAUCCAGGCUGAGAUCGAUGCCCACAAUGACAUCUAUAAGAGUGUGGACGGGAACAAGUCGAAGAUGGUCAAGGCUCUGGGCAGCUCAGAGGAAGCCGUGUUCCUCCAGCAUCGACUGGACGACAUGAACCAGCGCUGGAGUGACCUCAAGGCCAAGUCAGCCAACAUCCGAGCCCACCUGGAGGCGAGUGCUGAGCGCUGGUCUCGUCUGCUCGGCCUCCUGGAGGAGCUGUGGAGGUGGAUCUGCAUCAAGGAUGAGGAGCUGGCCAAGCAGAUGCCCAUUGGAGGAGACGUGCCCACCUUGCUGCAACAGCAGAACCACUGCACGGCGCUUCGUUCGGAGCUGAAGGAACGUGAGCAUUUGGUGAUCAGCACUUUGGACCAGGCCCGGAUGUUCCUGGCUGACCAGCCCAUCGAGGGCCCCGGGGAGCCACGCAAGAACCUGCAACCUAAGACUGACCUCACCCCAGAGGAGAAGGCCCGUGGGGUGGCCCGUGCCAUCCGCAAGCAGACGGGUGAGGUGAGGGAACGCUGGGAGCGUCUGAAAGGUCACAUGGGUGGCUGGCAGAGCCAGGUGGAGCGAGCCCUGGAGAGACUCCAGGAGCUGCAGAGCUCCAUGGACCAGCUUGACCUGAGGCUGACCCAGGCCGAGGACGCCAAGGCUACAUGGCAGCCUGUAGGGGACCUGCUGAUCGACUCCCUGCAGGAUCACAUCGAGAAGACAAUGGCCUUUAAAGAGGAGAUCGCCCCGCUGCGUCAGGAUGUGCGUGUUGUCAAUGAGCUUUCUGCGGAGCUGACGCCACUCGACGUCCAGCUGUCCUCCACCGCCUCCAGACAACUGGACCAGCUCAACAUGAGAUGGAAACUUCUACAGGUGGCUGUGGAGGACAGACUGAAGCUCCUUCAGGAAGCCCACCGAGACUUUGGCCCCUCCUCUCAACACUUCCUCUCCACUUCUGUGCAACUCCCCUGGCAACGUGCAGUCUCUCAGAAUAAGGUUCCAUAUUACAUCAAUCAUCAGACACAGACUACCUGCUGGGACCAUCCAAAGAUGACAGAGCUCUACCAGUCACUAGCUGACUUGAACAACGUGAGAUUCUCAGCAUACCGAACAGCCAUGAAGAUCCGCAGACUACAGAAAGCACUGUGCUUGGACUUGUUGGACCUCAGCGUGGCCCAGACCACCUUCGAGCAGCACAAGCUCACCAACAACACUCAGCUGCUGUCGGUGCCAGAUGUCAUCAACUGCCUGACGUCGAUCUACGACGGCCUGGAGCAGGAGCACAAGGACCUGGUCAACGUGCCGCUCUGCGUCGACAUGUGUCUCAACUGGCUGCUCAACGUCUACGACACUGGUCGAAGUGGGAAGAUCCGUGUCCUGUCCAUGAAGAUUGGAUUGCUCUCUCUCUCCAAGGGGCACCUGGAGGAGAAAUACAAAUACCUCUUUAGCCAGGUAGCGUCGGCCGGCGACACGUGCGACCAGAGGCAGCUGGGCCUGCUGCUUCAUGACGCCAUCCAGAUCCCGAGGCAGCUGGGGGAGGUGGCCGCCUUCGGAGGCUCCAACAUUGAACCCAGCGUCCGCAGCUGCUUCCAGCACGUGACCAAUAAGGUGGAGCUGGAGCCCAGGCAGUUUAUUGAUUGGAUGCGUCUGGAGCCCCAGUCCAUGGUCUGGCUGCCCGUCCUGCACAGAGUGGCCGCCUCGGAGACGGCCAAGCACCAAGCCAAGUGUAACAUCUGCAAGGAGUGUCCCAUUGUUGGUUUCAGGUAUCGCAGUCUGAAGCAUUUCAACUAUGACGUGUGUCAGAGCUGUUUCUUUUCUGGGCGCACUGCCAAGGGCCACAAGCUCAACUACCCCAUGGUUGAGUACUGCACACCGACUACAUCAGGUGAAGACAUGCGCGAUUUCACCAAAGUACUGAAGAACAAGUUCCGCUCCAAGAAGUACUUUGCCAAACAUCCUCGGCUGGGCUACUUACCGGUCCAGACAGUUCUAGAGGGGGACAACAUGGAAACUCCUGUCACCCUCAUCAGCAUGUGUCCGGAGCAGUAUGAGCUGUCCCAGUCACCACAGCUCUCUCAUGAUGACACCCAUUCCAGGAUAGAGCAGUAUGCCAGCAGGUUGGCCCAGAUGGAGCGCUCAAACGGCUCUCUGCCCACGGACAGCAGCUCGGCCACGGGAAGCAUGGACGACGAGCACGCCCUCAUCCUGCAGUACUGUCAGACGCUGGGAGGGGAGGGCUCCCCCUGCAGUCAGCCCCAGAGUCCCGCCCAGAUCCUUCAGGCCGUGGAGCGGGAGGAGCGAGGCGAGCUGGAGCGGAUCAUAGCCCGCCUGGAGGAGGAGCAGAGGACUCUGCAGAGGGAGUAUGAGCAGCUGAAGGAGCAGCACGGCCAGCGAGGGACCCCCACUGGAAGCAACUGGGAGUCUGAGGGCCCCUCUUCCCACCCGGAUGAGGCCGACCUCCUCGCUGAGGCAAAGCUGCUACGUCAACACAAGGGCCGUCUGGAAGCCCGCAUGCACAUCCUGGAGGAACACAACAAACAGCUGGAGUCGCAGCUCCACCGCCUCCGACAGCUGCUGCACCAGCCGGAGGUGGAUUCAAGGGUAAAUGGAGUGUCUUCUCCCAGUGUGCAGGAAUUAGGGCCACUUAAUGAAAGCUCAGAUGAGCUGCUGGACCCCCACAACAGCAGCUCUGACCUCGCAGAUGUAAUGGAGCAGAUUAACAACACCUUCCCUGCAUGCAGUCCCUCAAGCCUCUCCUCAAGACCACAGGUGAUGUGAGGACAGUCAGCACACAGGACGGAGUGUGUAUGUGUGUGUGAAUGUGUGUGUGCGUGUGCGUUUGAGUGUGUGUGUGCGUGCACAGUAAGCGUCCUGAGAGACAGGAGCAUUCCCAAACACAAAACUCGCCCCCUCCCCCCAUCCCAUCCCACCGCCAGAGGACAGAUGGAGAGCUAUCCCCCCCUCCCUAAAUCCCAAAGACACACAGGACCAGACAACUUUACUACUAUUACCACCUUGUCGUCUUGUACUAUGCAAACUGUACAUUUUAUGAACUGUAGAUUGUACCUGAAAUUGGUUAAACAUUUGUCAGUGAUUUGUUUGGAUAUGCGGAUGACUAUUUGGGCUUGGGGCUUUGUAUAGUAAAACUGUUUUUUGUUGUUCAGAGGGUGGUGUGGGAUUUGUGUUUUUGUUCUUGUUUAGUUCUGCCUUCACUGGGAAUCAAACUGUUACAUUUAUUUUUAUUUUAUUUUAUUUUUUAUUUUUUUUGUCAUUCCACUGCUAUAUUCUGCUUUUUACCUCCCGGCCCCAAAUUGCUGUCAUUACAAGGGACGUAGCCACAGAUUUUGUUCCAAUUUUGGGAGCACCCAUAGUUAAGUGGCUCAAAAAAAAGAAAAGUAAUUUUCAAGAUGUAGACUCCGUGUCAACCCUCGAAGCAGCUGUUUUUGUUUGGACGAUCUAUCUCGUAGCAUGCUUGAUGUCAAGUUCCCCUUUAAAGCAUUGAUAUGACUCUGACGGCAUUGUAAACUUUACCCCUUCUGUGCCUAUACAGUUUGUCAUUCCACGUGUGGAAGACAGAGAUAACAGCUGAUAAAUUAAAGUUGCAUUGUGUAUAAAGGAGAGAGGAUUUUGGAAACAAUAGAUUUUAUUUGAAUCGAAAGGUUUUUUUUUUUUUCUGAAUUUGGGUUCGUAACAGGCCUGCAGUCAUGUUGUAGAAUAGCCUUUUUGUGUUUGUUCGUUUUUGAAGAAGAUCUAUGUUCGAAAAAUCAGAAGAAAGCCAUGAUUGCCUUGCUACCUCAGACUCAUAGACACAGUUUCGCUUGCGUGGUUCGUAAAACUUGUUUCAACUGAACAAUUAACUCGUGAUCAUAACAGAGUAUGAACAACCUGGUUUAGCAUUUUAAGCUUGUGCUUACUGUAUUGAUGUACACUGCAACGAGGAGAUACCAAGUAAAAAAAAAAAAAGACAGCAUUCCUAUUACUGUACCACAAUGGGUCUGUGGCCUGCUGAAGCUAGCCGCCCGUUCUGAUGAGUAUUAUUUUAUCUGUUGUUGGUUUUUCCACUGGCCUUCUAGCACUGGUCCCUCACUGCGUUGUGUUGUUGUGCUAUAUGCUAUCCUGUAAAACUUGUGAGAUUUAACAACACUACUAUAACCUCCUCCGACUGUGGACUGAUGAUCUUAAUGAUGAUGGUGAUUUUGAUGAUGAUAACUAUCGUGAUUACAAUCAUGAUGAACCGUACCAUGGCAGAACUGUGUCGUUUCUCCUGAGGUAUGUAGAAUAGAUUGACAACACUACGUGUAAUAUGGCUACAUUGUUUUAUUCUAAAUAAAGUUUUUAUAACAAGUA